UCAAAUCACCGCUUUCGCUCCACUAGCAAGCUAUUCAUACAGCGGACUAUUUGUCCACUCAUGCACUAGGCCCUAUGUUAAACUAUUUGACAACCGCCUCCAGAGUAUUUCUCCGAAACACCGUGCCCAUCUCGUCGAGGGGUAACUACAACAUCAUUUGUCGGUUUUACAGAAGAAUGGAUCGAGCCGUGGUAAGAUGUGUCCCGUGGGAAUCCAAACUUACUAUUUCCUUCGUCCUAGAUGGCAGCAACAAACACAUGCUCAGGGACCAGACCGAGGAGCUAGGCAAAGCACUGGCACGGAUCGCUAACAGUAUCAUCAAGGGCCAGGGCAAAGCUAAAAAAUACAAGAAAAACAAAGGCGCGCCCACAGACGCCCAGGAGCCCGCUGCAGCGGUGAGGCUGUACUACAACGGAGACUUUGUGGCAGAGGAUGCUCUAAACUCCGAUGCCUGGCAGGAGGGGGCCGUUUUACACGUGGGUGACCGUAAGUACACAGUGGAGAGGAACCCUCCCACAUUCACCACGGCAGAGCUGCCCGCUUCUCUACUGGCCGGGUUCCCCGUGUGCCCGAAGCUCAAGGUAGAAUUCGGGGAUUUAAAAGACUGUCGGUUUAAAUGGUUCAAGGAGAGCAAGUCCGGUGCUGGUGAUGAGGAGCAUCGAGGAGAUAAUGGUUGGACCGAGGCCGGGAGCGAACGAGUGUUCAUCCCGUCAAAUAUGGACAUUGGCUCCAAGCUUAAACUGACAUGCACGCCGGGUGACGGCAAACGGUGUGGGAUGGACAAUGAGUUAGUAACCACCGGUACAGUCGAGGCAGGGCCCGGUUCCUGUACCUUUGACAACAGACACAUGUACACCAACAAGGUCACAGAUGACAUGACCGUCAGAGUAGUGUCAUACAACAUCUUAGCUGACGUUUACGCACAAACAGACCUCUCCAAAACCGUGCUGUACCCUUAUUGUACUCCCUACGCAUUGGAACUGGACUACAGACAAAGUCUGAUAAAGAAAGAGCUGUCCGGCUAUAAUGCUGACGUCAUCUGCCUUCAGGAAGUGGAUAAGAACGUCUUCACAGACAGUCUGUCUCCGGCCCUGGAUGCGUUCGGCUUCGACGGGGUCUUCAGGAUUAAGGAGAAGCAGCACGAAGGUUUGGCCACCUACUACAGGAGGUCAAAGUUUAAACUGCUCAGUCAACACGACAUCAUGCUGAGUGAAGCUCUGACGUCAGACCCUGUCCACGAAGAACUGUCGGACAGAGUGAACAGCAACCCUGCCUUGAAGGAGAAGGUGAUGCAGAGAUCUACCACACUACAGGUGAGUGUCCUUCACUGUCUGAACGAUCCAUCCAAGAAGAUCUGUGUUGCCAACACCCACCUCUACUGGCAUCCCAAAGGUGGGAAUGUACGUCUGGUCCAGAUGGCAGUCGCUCUGAAACAGCUGCAGCAGGUGAUCACCCAGAGUUACCCCGACGCCUCGCUCCUCUUCUGCGGGGACUUCAACAGCACCCCGUCCUCGGGGGUCUUCCAGCUGGUGAGCCGGGGGGUUCUGCACAGCACCCACCCGGACUGGAACUCCAACGGACCGGACGAGCUCUGUCCCAUGGAGGUCUCCAACCCCUUCCAGCUGAGUAGCGCCUGCGGGGAGCCGGCCUAUACUAACUACGUAGGGGGCUUCCACGGCUGCCUGGACUAUAUCUUCAUGGACCCGCGGGUGCUGCAGGUAGAUCAGAUGAUCCCUCUGCCCAGCCACGAGGAGGUCACGACCUGUCAGGCCCUCCCCAGCGUCGCACACCCCUCUGACCACAUAGCGCUGGUCUGUGACCUCAAGUGGAAGUAAAGCUCUCCCUCCUGUUUACAGCAGUCUGUCUCUGUACCAGGGCCCCUACAGUGUGUCUCUGUACCAGGGCCCCUACAGUCUGUCUCUGUACCAGGGCCCCUACAGUCUGUCUCUGUACCAGGGCCCCUACAGUGUGUCUCUGUACCAUGUCUGUCUCUGUACCAGGGCCCCUACAGUGUGUCUCUAAACCAUGUCUGUCUCUGUACCAGGGCCCCUACAGUGUGUCUCUAAACCAUGUCUGUCUCUGUACCAGGGCCCCUACAGUGUGUCUCUAAACCAUGUCUGUCUCUGUACCAGGGCCCCUACAGUGUGUCUCUAAACCACGUCUGUCUCUCUACCAGGGGCCCUACAGUGUGUCUCUAAACCAUGUCUGUCUCUGUACCAGGGCCCCGACAGUGUGUCUCUGUACCAGGGCCCCUACAUUGUGUCUCUAAACCAUGUCUGUCUCUCUACCAGGGCCCCUACAGUGUGUCUCUAAACCAUGUCUGUCUCUCUACCAGGGCCCCUACAGUGUGUCUCUAAACCACGUCUGUCUCUGUACCAGGGCCCCUACAGUCUGUCUCUGUACCAGGGCCCCUACAGUCUGUCUCUGUACCAUGUCUGUCU